GUUCGAUUUCUAUGCUGAACUCUGCGACAUGUUACGGUUGUACAUCUUUCCGGCGCCAACCAAUGGCGUUCCUCAGGUGCUACCCCGAGACGAUCUACGUAAUACUUCAGACCUUACUCACUUAAAUGAAGAGGCAUGCUGCCUUCUACUGUACAAGUCCGCACUAACUCCUUUCGACUGGUAUGCGAGACCGCGACUCGACGGCCAUUUCUUUCACAUUCAAGCCAAACCAAGGAAGUUCUUGGUGUAUAAACAGCGCAAUGUCCCGCCAGAUCCGAUCGUACCCGAGACAAGACAAAAUUGCCAAGCCAUACAGAGCGCCAACAACCAAAGACUCUAAAACCCAGAAGCGGCCUUGGCCUGUCCGGAAGCGCCUGGUUUCGAAUACUCUGAAAGAGUUAACUCCUCGACCAUGAGAUACGCGCGUGGCAGUUCUUGAGGACCAAAGAUGAUGCCUCCAAUCCUCAAGCAUGUCGAGUUGCGCCCUCAUGCAGGCCGUCAGGGCUGGUAUAAGAAGCCUCAUGGAAGCUAGGGACUUUAACAGCCUUCUCUGUUGCUCAGAUUCCACAGAGUCUCAAACCCACGACUUUCAGCACUACAGACCAUGAAUGAAAGAGGACAUCAAUCUUUACCAGGACCAAUUGCCGAGGAUCCCUGGGAGGUUACAGUGGGCUUGAAGCAAGAACAACAUGCUCUACGGAGAGUCCAGCAUGAACUUGAAAAUGUGGAUCCACGCGAGAUCACGGAUAUUCACGACAAACCUCGCGUUUGGACACAGCACCAGCGAGACCGCACAUCACUGGCUGUCCUCCCCUCCAAUGUCAAAUACCCUCGCCAGGCGUGCAAGCUGCAUUCGAGGUGUAAAGUAACUGUCCAGGACAAACGUUAUGAUCCUAGAGAGCACCAUACCCUCCUUUUCACUCUUUCUAAAGUGUGCCACUCCCGACGGCGAAGAUUUCGACCAACAGCGUUCGAGAGUACCCAAGCUAGUGCAAAUGAUCCUUCAUGGCCACCGACCGCGAAAGUUACAAAGUAUCCACGACAACCAAUGAAGGCUAAACAGAUAUUUCCGCGACAAUCCACGAAGACAGCGGGCAUUAGGUCAACAUCUGCAGGUUGUACGACCCUAUACCCAAUGGUUGUCAUUGCCGAGCGUUCCGCAAUCCCAUGACCAGACUUAUAUGCCUGUAGACUUUUCAAAGAAUGGUCGACGUCUCCAUCGCUUGAUACGGGCGCAUAAAGUGGGAGGACUAUAGGUCAAAAUCAGAAGAUCGAGUUCGAGGUCCUCGACAGCAUAGCGACUAGCGCAAUUCAGCUCAAAGCGUAGUAUCUAGCUAUACUUAAGGCGAAGCACACCGGCUCUCAAGUCAUCCGGCAAAGAUUUACCGCGAAAGCAUCAAUUGAACCCUCCGCAGGCAACCAUGUCCGAGAUCGAGUUUUUCCCGACUCUCGCCGUCGCUCAACACAUCUAUACCGUAUACCUCACGAUUUUCGACCAAAAUAGUUGUCGGCGGCCAGAGCAAGUCACUGUUAAUUUCUUAUCGGGUGACGAAAACUACACUUUGGUCUCCCGUUAUUCAAGUUUGGUGUCUUUCGCCUUGAGGGCGCCUACGGGAGUUAUCACUAUCACGUUCUAUACACGAGGGGAGCCUCUCCAGUUUCUUCAACCUUCGGUCAAUCAACUGUUUGCUGUGGUGCCUGUCUAUAUCAAGUGCUAUAGCGCAAUCAUAGCUCCACUGUGCGACCACCAACAACUGAUUGCGGAGGAACUGGCCCGAUUAAGGGGAAGACAGUUAGCAAGAAGGCAAGGCAAUCUUGUGGGAGCGCCUGGGCUGCAUAGAUGACUCUGAUCCUGUUAACAAUGAGGCUAUUAAAAUAUUACAUAUGCGAGAGGAGUAUCCCAGUCGAAACCAUCCUCGUCGGUCCAUAAAGUCUCGAUUUGCCUAGUCAUAGUGUCUGUGGUAUGACAUUACUUUAACUCACGCACAAGCGCUGUUGUAAAAUGAGUGAGCGAGUGAGCGAGUGAGACUGAAAAU